AUGGAGUCUGUCAUUGGAGCCAUUUCUGCAGAGGGAGAGUGGAGCUCUCUUGGUGGUAAUGGUGGUAUGUACACCACAACAGAGGAGGCUGAUUUCAUGGCACAAUUGCUGGAUAACUGUUCCGUUGAUCCGCUCGACCUGGGUUUAGGCUUCGAUGUUCAAUCAAGCUUCUGGGCAUCAUCAGGAGUACUCAAUUAUAAUAAAUUAGGCUCAUACUGUAAUGCUGAUAAUAAUACUAAUUCAUUUGGUUUUUCACAAGGGAGUACUAGUUAUAGUACUGGCACUACUACUAGUAGUGUCCAGUUUCUCCAUGAUUCGAGCCAAGAGAGCUUCUACUUGAGCGAUUCAAACCCGAUUGUUUCGAUGGAUUAUUUCGGUAUGACAGAUCCUGCUGCCACAAACAAUGCUGCUGCAUAUCUGAUUGAAGUUGAUGAUAGCACCAGCUUGAACCAAGAUAUGAGUGAUGGUAAUGCAGAUGAUGAUCAGUCUGCUAAAAGGCUAUCGGAAUCUGCCAAGAAUACGCGGCAAAUGCAAAUGGAAUCAUUAGAGAUGCAAAUUGCAGAACCAGCUGCAGCAGAAGAUAAGAGUUCUAGGAAAAGGUCGCAGAGUACGAGCGAUGUUCAAAAGAGUAAGAGGAAUGUGAAAUCAAAGAAGAAUGAGAAGAAUGAGGAGGAUGAAAAUGCAGCUGUGUUUAACAGGCAAAGCACAAGCAGCUGUUGCUCGGAGGACGACGGGACGAGUGGUUCUCAGGAGUUUAAUAAUGGAGGAGAAAGUUGCAGCUUGAGCUCAAAAGGGAAUUCUGCCCUCAACUUGAAUGGCAAAACAAGAGCAAGCAGAGGUGCAGCGACUGAUCCCCAGAGCCUCUAUGCAAGGAAGAGAAGAGAGAGAAUAAAUGAAAGGCUGAGGAUUCUACAGAACCUAGUCCCAAAUGGAACAAAGGUUGAUAUCAGUACAAUGCUUGAAGAAGCUGUGGAGUAUGUCAAGUUCUUGCAGCUUCAAAUUAAGCUCUUGAGCUCAGAUGAUCUAUGGAUGUAUUCUCCCAUUGCUUACAAUGGAAUGAACAUUGGACUUGACCUUAAAAUCCCAACUUACAAAGAUGACUCUAAAAGAUAA